GACGAAUUCAGCUAGAGUGACUGGAGAGUCUCCCACACAUGGAUAAUCACAAUUCAUCAUUGUCUCUGGCAAGGGCCGUGGACAAGGACAACCCUCACCAUCUUUACAGAAAGCAACCCCCACGAGAAACAAAACAAUAAAGAAUGCCUAUAGCUCAGCGAUUAAUUAUCUUAACUGUAGCUACUUUUCAGAGAUUCCCAUUUAUUCAAUUUCUCUUUCAAGGUUCUCCUUUGUCCUCUCUCCCCUUCUCUCUCUAGUCUAAGGUAGUAGAAUUGAAGACUAUGAGAAAGCUUAGAUUUGUCUUACUAUAAGCAGAGAAUUUGAUUGGUUAGGUAUUGUUUUAUAUUAUUGUUGUCUUCUUUUAUAUAAGUGGUAGUCAACUUUCUGGGUCAUGCUGUUAGUUGAUUGCAAAAUCAGAUGAUGAUUGCUGUAAUUGGAAGUUAAAAUAUCUAAUUUGUUGAAGAUUUGUGGACCCUUUUCAUACUUUUAGUGAAUGUGGAUGAUUGGUUGGUUAUAUCGUGUGAAAAUUGAUUUCAUGUUUUGGCUGACUGGAUCUUGUGUUGGUUUUGGUUGCAAAAUGAAACUGUCAAGAAUCAAGAGUAUAAACAAAAAUGGUAUUUUGUUGUAAGAAGAAAGAAAGAUAGGAACUUUUGAUACUAUAUGACUUUGAUUAAAUUCUUUUCUGUGGAAGUGAGGAAAGUUUUAGGAAGUGCUGCCUUUAUUAUCUUCAUUUUCAGUAACCAUUUUAGAUGAGUUUCUGGUAGCCCCUAGCAUGUUCAAUGAAGCUUGCUUGUGAUUUUUAGUUUAUUUUUUUAUUUAUGUGGAAAUCUUUUUGUAGUUAGUUAUUCGAAUGAUUUCGUGGCAGGUGACCCUUCUGUGAUUUGGAAGGGAUCUGGAUUGGGAUCUGGGGAUCUUUGCAGCCGGAUGUUUGAGAAGAUACUUUCAGGCUAAAUAGAAAGCAAAAAAAAUGUCAGCUUAUGCCCAUCAAAUGGAGAGGGAGUUCUCAGCCGGAGUCUCUCAAGUAGGGGAGAUUCAGGCAUGUUUACUUUCCUUGUGGACGUGCUUAGAGGAAGAUUCAUGGAUUCGAUAUCUCUACUCAGAAGCAAUCAAGAUAGUGUACACAAAAGAAAACAUAAUUGUACAGAGAAUUUGUGGAUGUUAUUGUUAGAUUGCUGCAGUAAAUUCUUUACUUCACC